AUGGAAUAUACUCUUGAAAGGCUCGAAAGGGCCCGAGCUCUCUUCCAAUUAAGGGUGGGUGACCCUUUUAUUCCCCCGGACGUGGCUGGCGCAUAUAAACUACGCAACCGUACACCCAAACGCGCCCGAGUUCUUGCUUCGUGGCAUGACAAUGAGCAAGAUGAAGACUACGACCCCUUUAUAUCACCCACUCAGAAGCGAAGGUGUCAACAGUUUAAAGGUGGUUCCCCGGAUCCCACUCCAAUUAAGAAGACCGGCCGUACUUUUCUACCUUCGAAAUCCAUUCCACGAUUGAACGAGGCCCCUAAAAUCGAUCAUCCGCCUAGUCCCAGUUCAUCCGAGGACAGUGAGUUCGAUCACUUGGGAAGAUACUGGGACAGCCCCAUCACUGAUGCCGUGAAUUCUCGCUACGGUUUGCGGCCUCGCGGCAAAUAUGAGACAUCGGACAACCCACCAGCACGAGGUACGCCCCUGACCGAGGCAUCGCUGUCCCCUGACGAUAAACAUCGUAUCAAGAACCCGUCAAGAGGAUGCACCGCUUGUCAAGACAUCGGCAUGGAAUGCUCCCUUACAACAGAUCCUGAUCCACUCGCCUAUCCUUGCGUCACAUGUGAACAAGAUGGCAUUGAAUGUGUUGUGACUCCCGAGCCGGAAUGGAAGCGGUCUUGCGAAGGUUGCAGACGCCGACGAGCGUUCUGCUCCUAUCGAUACACCAAUUACGAUCACUCCAAGCCUUGCCAGCCUUGCGUCAACCACGGGUUCAAAUGUGUUGCGGGGCCAGCAAAGUGCCGGUCUCUUAAUUUCCAUACAGAUCAUUCCUCAGAAUUCGAAGAUGUCUCCGCCCCAUUCAAUGAUACCGAGCAGCCUGAGCCUUCUGAUUCCAUGGUGGCAGAAUCGUGUUAA